CAGAGAGAGAACGGAAAAAGUCUAUCGUACGACUCAAAAAACACUGGUUUUGCUUAAUCUUCUUCUUUUUCUUUCUUUCUAUUAGAUUCCAGGAAGGAACACCAAACCGAACUCUUCUGGGUGACUUGCUUUUAAUCUGAGAGGCGUUUGGAUGCCAUAUGGAUUUACAGAGAGUUUUCUUCUGGGUGACUUGCUUCUCUGCAGUGGUUCUGCUUUGGACUCCUGCUUCGGUAAUUGCAGGGGAUAUCGUGCAUCAAGACGAUGAGGCGCCCAAGAAGCCCGGUUGCUCGAACAAUUUCGUUCUGGUGAAAGUCCAAACUUGGGUGGAUGGAAAGGAAGGAAAUGAGUUUGUCGGAGUUGGUGCUCGGUUUGGCACUACCAUGGAGUCAAAGGAGAAACAUGCUAACCAGACUAAGCUUUCCCUUUCUGACCCUCCUGAUUGUUGCAGCCAACCCAAAAAUAAGCUUAUUGGAGAUGUCAUCCUUGUGCACCGAGGUAAUUGCACAUUCACAAAAAAGGCAAAUGUUGCACAAGCUGCUGGUGCUUCAGCCAUCCUUAUCAUAAAUAACAAAAAAGAGCUAUUCAAGAUGGUUUGUGAUCCCAAAGAAACAGACCUUGAUAUACACAUUCCUGCAGUCAUGCUCCCACAAGAUGCUGGUGUAAUACUGGAAACAAGUUUUAAGAAGAAUUCCUCAGUUGCUGUGCAGUUGUAUUCUCCACAACGUCCACUGGUGGAUAUAGCAGAAGUAUUUUUAUGGCUGAUGGCAGUUGGAACCAUCUUGUGUGCGUCAUAUUGGUCUGCAUGGAGUGCCAGAGAAGCAGCUAUUGAACAAGACAAAUUGUUAAAGGAUGCUUCAGAUGAAUUUGUAAAUGUAGAAGCCCCAGGUGCUAGUGGUGUGGUGGAUAUCAACACAACAUCAGCCGUCCUUUUUGUUGUGAUUGCUUCUUGCUUCUUAGUUUUACUUUACAGACUUAUGUCUUUCUGGUUUGUUGAGCUAUUGGUGGUCCUAUUUUGCAUCGGUGGAGUAGAGGGCCUGCAAACUUGCUUGGUGGCUUUAUUGUCAAGGUGGUUCAAACAUGCUGGAGAAUCAUUUGUUAAAGUACCCUUCUUUGGAGCUGUUUCUUACCUUACAAUAGCUGUUUGUCCAUUCUGCAUAGCAUUUGCUGUUGUUUGGGCUGUGUAUCGGCGCAUCUCCUUUGCAUGGAUAGGCCAAGAUAUUCUUGGUAUUGCAUUGAUAAUUACAGUUCUUCAAAUUGUCCGUGUACCUAACCUCAAGGUGGGCACAGUGCUUCUAAGUUGUGCAUUCAUGUAUGAUAUUUUCUGGGUGUUUGUUUCUAAGAAGUGGUUCCAUGAAAGUGUAAUGAUAGUGGUAGCCCGGGGUGACAAAAGUGGUGAAGAUGGUAUUCCAAUGUUACUGAAAAUUCCUCGAAUGUUCGAUCCUUGGGGUGGUUACAGCAUUAUCGGAUUUGGUGACAUUCUCUUACCAGGAUUGCUAAUAGCUUUUUCAUUGAGGUAUGAUUGGUUAGCAAAGAAGAAUCUUCGAACUGGAUACUUCCUUUGGGCGAUGGUGGCUUAUGGUUUAGGUCUCCUUAUCACGUAUGUUGCUUUAAACUUGAUGGAUGGACAUGGCCAGCCAGCUCUACUUUACAUUGUUCCUUUCACACUUGGCACAUUUUUCACUCUGGGGAAGAAGAGAGGUGAAUUUAAGAAUUUAUGGACAAAUGGAGAGCCAUAUAGACCCUGCCCACACGUCCAACUCCAACCCACUCAGUGACAGAAAACCGGGUGAACAACCGCUUUGUAUUAUAUUAGUGAGUGUAUGUAGCAAUAGCAUGAGUAUCAUCACAUCACAUUACUACGUGAAGAGCGUGGAGGCUGUUGUUAACGAACUAACCUCUUCAAGCUCAGCAGUUACUUGUUUGCAUUAAAUUAAUUAGGAAUUGGAUUCUAACACUUGUAUGUCGUCCCUCCCUUUUUCGAUGCACGGACUGUGUUGUUGGUAAAAUCAUAUAAUCUUUGCAUUAA